AACUCAGUUACGAUAAGUUAGUCUGGGUAAACCUUAUUAUCUACAACAUGCUGUUACUUACAACAAUUUUCAUUAUCGUCCUGGUUUUCGUAUUAAUUGAAAAAAGAAAGAAAAAGUCCGACAAAAUAUUAGGCGUUUACAGUCAACCGGGACAAUGGUACUUUUUAAAAUAUGUAACGUUUCUACUGGUUUUAACGAUCAGGAAAAUGAAAACCAAAAUUACAAAGAGAUUAGGAAAACGUGGCAGUUCUGGACUUGGUGAAAGUGCUUACAGUGAAAUAGAAGAUCUAGAAAAAUUGCAACAAUUAUCAGAGCAUGAAAAGGCGUUUGAUGCAGUAUUUUUUCACGCUGUAGAUGAUUCUGGUUAUUAUCUAUGUGGAGGUAUAGAAAGGCGACAAAAAGGAAAAGCAAAUGGUUUAUUGUACUUAAUGGUGCCAAAACUAGGCCUCUUGUCCAAUUUACGUCUUCCAAAAACAUCCAUGAAUGUCGACGCAUUAUCUCUUCAUCAUAAAAAGACUUAUGCAGCUGAAGGAAUGUGUUUUACGCCAGUAAAACCCAUGAAAUUGUGGACAAUUAGUUAUAACGGGAAAAUGAAAGUAAACGAAAACUCAGACAACAUGGUAGACGUUCAUCUAGAAGCUGAUUGGUUUUCUGAUUUUCCUCAUUUUAUAUUCGAUACAGAUAUGCACAGUAAACCACUAGCGCGAGCAAUUGCUAGAGAAACCUGGUCGAAAGAAUAUUUCGAAACACUUAAAACAGCCCAUCAAACGCAUUACGAGCAAAUGGGAUACUUAAAAGGAAAGCUAACUGUAAAUGGAGAAAAAAUUUACUUAAAUAUGAAAUCAUUCCGGGACCAUAGCUUUGGUCACAAGCGAGACUGGACUUUAAUGCAUCGUUACAUAUACCACACGAUAUUUCUAACCGACGAUACCAGAAUUUCGGUAGGAGUCAUAAGCCAGCCAUGUACCAGUUCGUAUCUCGAAAUGGGCUACGUGAUAACGAAAGAUCGAAAGUUUCAUCCCAUUAAAGAUUGCGAUUUAAUUCUGUAUCAGCAUGGAGAGGGUGGCACUCCGCCCAAGGAAAUUUGCUGUAGCGUGAUAACAGACAAGGAUACGUAUCAUAUCCUGGCGAUAUCGCAGCGUGAUGCAGUCCAUUACAAGGGCGACGAUGUGGAAGCAAGAAUGGUGGAAAGGUUCAUGACUUACGAAGUGAACGGAUUAAAAGGGUGGGGUAUUUCGGAAUGGCAUUACAACAACAUCAGAAAUUAAUUUUGUUUUAUUGUUCAAAAUCGGUGGUAGAUGUAGUUUAUUAUAUCAUGACUCUUGGCUACGGGCUACGCAGUGACAAAACUCCGCCCUUAAAUGGACUUCUACUGUUCUUCCUCAUAAAAGUAUUAACCGUCACUGUUUACAGUUCAUCUAGAGCAGUGAUUCCCAACCGGUGGUUCGCGAACCCCUGGGGGUUCGCAGUGU